CGGCCAAGAACUCCGACGAUCAUCACCAUCGAUCGAUCUUCUUCCGCCGUGGAUCCAUCGCCGGCGAUGACGUCCGAUCACAAGGACGACGUCGAUCGCCUCUUCGCUUGCUUCAAAUGCGGCACCUCCACUCCCGAAUCUGCUCUCAAGGAGAAGAAAUCUCGUCAUGCUUCGAGUUCCGAGAAGUCUUCCCGUAUUGAUCGGAAUCCUGUAGAUUCGGAUAAGCUUAGGACAUCAGCAUCAUUAGCUAUCAAGCUUAAGAGUGGAAAACAGAUAUCUCCGGUUGUCUUCUAUGGGUCUCCAAAUGGUGCUCCAGUUAAACGACCAUCACAGUUAUUAUGGUUGUUACGUGAAAUUCGUGUUGAUCUUAGAGAACAGAACAAUUUGCUAGCUAGGAAAGAGGUCUGGGCCACUUUUCCUAGACAAGAAGAAGCAAUGAGAUUUUCUAGAGCUCAUGCACAAGUGAAAAUCUUUUGCUAUCAAGACCAUUUAAGCAGCCAGAGAAGAUACCUGGUUUCUACAUAUGAUGAGUUUUGGCGCAGGUAUAGUGUUAUGGAUUCGAAAUUACGCCACCACUAUGAAGUUAUUCAAGAGGGGUUGCCUUGCCAUAUUUAUUUUGAUCUGGAAUUCAAUAAGAAAGUCAACCCUGGAAGAAAUGUGGAUGAAAUGGUUGAUAUUUUGAUAUCAUUCACUUUAACUACUUUAUCCAAUAAAUAUUCCAUCAGCGGAAGUGAAGAAUGGGUCCUAGAACUUGAUUCAUCUACAGAAGAAAAAUUUUCGCGUCAUUUGAUCAUUCGCAUACCAAACACUGCUUUUAAGGACAACUCACAUGUUGGAGUAUUUACUUCUGAGGUUUGUGCAAAUAUUGCUAGUUUGCGAGGCAAUGAUCCACAAGUUGACAAAUUGUACAUUAAGAAAGAGUCAAGUUGUACAAGUUCAGAGACUCAAUUAUUUUUGGAUGGUGCUGUUUAUACUCGUAAUCGUUGUUUCCGUCUCGUGCUUUCUUCAAAGGCAGGGAAGGAAUCAUUCCUUUCGCCAACGGAGCGUUUCAAAUGUAAGGGUCUGAGUCAGAAGCAGUUGUUCAUGGAGUCCCUAAUCUGUAAGGUUGACGCUGAUUGCAACAAGCUAUUAGUUUGCAAAAUGGACUUGGACUGCAAGAAAGUGCUAACAUUUGAAUCUGAGAAUUUAUAUCGUCCAGAAGAAUUUGCCAGACAUGAUGUACCUGGCACGUACUUUUCAGGGAGGUCACCGUUUCCAGCAUUGGAUGUGUUUAUAGAAUCAAUUGCUUCCAUUGGGAAUAUUCUGGGAAAAAUUCGUAGUUGGUAUUGGUUCUCGGCUUACAAUCUGAUGAUCUACAGUAUGUCAAGGAGUCGAUAUUGUGAAAGAAUCGGAAGAGAACAUAAAAGUAAUCAUGUGAUGUACAUUGUUGAUUUUCGAGUUGCUGGCUAUUACCAGAAAUGUUAUGAUCCUGAUUGCAGAGGUUAUCGUUCUCCAUUACGCCCUUUGCCUUCUGAUAUAACGCUGAAUUGUAUGGGAGUGCUUGAUUCAAUACAUCCAGAAAAUUAUGAGAUGAUGGAUGUUAAUUUUGAUUCCCAAGUGGCUGAGGUUAACAUGGAGCAAAGUUCAAAGGAUAAUAGUGUUUCUACUACUGAAAGCACUAAGAAGGAUACUGGCUGGUGGCAGAAAGCAAUGCAAUAUGCAGACUGCAUUGAGAACUGGGAAAGUUUACCAGAGUUCGACAAAUUGGAUGACGAUGACAACGAAGAUUUAGGCUGGUGGGUGAAUGUUGAGGAAAUUGUUUCACAAGUCGAGGAAACCGUAGUUGAUGUAUGAGCUGAUUAUGAUCUGGAAAUUUCUCGAACUUGGGGGCUGAAGGCCGGGAGAUGAGAGGCAAAUUAAAAUCUCUUAUUGUGUGUUUGUUUGUUUGUUUUCUUGAGAAGUGUUGUUGCAAAACAAUCUGUAGCUGUUGUUUAUAACUUUAUGUAAUGUAUACCGAAGGCGAAAAAUCUCAGCAUGUAAAUCUCAUUCCCAAGUUCAUGAAUUUACUUUCUGGAGACUCUGUAUCAUGUUAU